AUCUAAGGAUGGGCACUUGGGUGUCUCCCACUUCCUUGCUGCUGUGGAUAACGCUGCCGUGAACAAGGAUGAUAGUCUACAGCGUUGAUGAAUGUGGAGAAGACAUUCUGGCCAACGGACUGUCCACUGUCUUUUCUCGUAAGAGGCUCUCGAGAAUGGAAGCCACACGCUACCAGCAACACAGAGGAGCCUGGUGGCCUGGCGUGCGCACACGACCUCCAGUGCCUUCUCCGCCCUUUUCCGAGACACUUCUGAGGAGCUGACGUGCCACUGUAGCAGCCACGGCCGACUUCUGCAGGGAAGCAACGCUGGGCCAGGGAGGGCAGAAGCAGCCGCUCGCCGGAGAGGCGGGACUGGUCUACGGGAGUCACCAGAGUCACCCAAAGUGGAGCUCCCACCACAUGCCCAUCGUGCUCAAGGUGUCCCCGUCCUGCCCAAGGCCCUGUACAGCCUGCCUGCACGGCCAGCCUGGUGCUGCUCCCACGGCCAGACCUUUCCGACCACAGUUUACCUGAAACACGUGAACUCCUGACGCUCCACAGGCUGGUGACCGAGGCAGUGGACAGCUUCCGUGGCCUGCAUGGCCCGCGUGUUCCUGUAUGGGACCCUGAAGCGAGGCCAGCCCAACCAUGGGGUCCUGCGGGACCAAGCCAACGGCUGCGCCGUCUUCCGCGGCCGGGGCUGCACACUGGAGCCCUACCCCUUGGUCAUCGCCGGCGAACAUAACAUCCCGCGGCUACUCAACCUUCCAGGGCAGGGGCGGCACGUGCUUGGCGAGAUCUAUGCCGUGGACGAGCGGAUGCUGAGCUUCCUCGAUGAGUUCGAGGGCUGCCCCAACAUGUACCAGCGCACCCCGCUGCGCAUCACCGUCCUCGAGUGGGAAGGCGCGUGUAGGGCCCCCGAGGAGACGCCGGCCGCCGACGGGACCCUGCAGUGCUUCGUGUACAGCACGGUCACCUACGCCCCCGAGUGGGUCCACCUCCCGCACCACGACGAUUACGACUCCCAGGGGGAGCACGGCCUCCGCUAUAAUCCACGGGAGAACAGAUGACAAGUGCAAGGACGGCUCCCCCGCUGGGGUGGGGGGGGUGCGGGGGACAGAGCCCCGGUGAUGAGAGGACGCCCUUGGCCUGGUCUGCACGCACUGGGUGCCUUCAAUGUCCGUGGAAACAGAGUUGUAAAACUCAGUCCGGGAAAAGGAACGAUCUCUCUUUCAGUUGCAGCUGAUUCCCCCAGUAUUUGACACACUGAUCCCAAGAUUAUGCCUGAAGCCUGUCUAUCCCGUAGCGCUUUGUUGCUUACUGCUUCAAGAAAGCCACGGGCUUGAAUCGACGGGAUAAGGAAAAUUCAGGAUCUUAAUUCUCCUAAAUGACAUUUCAAAAACUCAUACGUCAAAUUUUUCUUUCUUUUGCUUUGCUUCGCUUUGAUCUGGAGAUAACAUUUAAAUUGUAGACUUUGUGUAGUAGCUAGAUUUCAGCAACCCUACUGUAUUGAUUCGAACUUGUAGCAGCAAGAAGAAUUUUUUAAACUGAUUUGGGUUAUCUCACUGUAAUAAAAGAACCUCAAGAAAAAUGUAUUGUGUUUGGGUAGUUUUAAACUGUAUAAAACAUUAGUUUUCACAUUUUUCAGAUCAAGCUUAUUAAAAAAGGGAUUACUAAAGACGAUCAUAUAAUAUUGAACUGGGUAUUUUGGGAAACCAAAUUUACGUGUUGGUACUAUUAUUGACUUUGGGGGGGAGGGCUCUACUUAUGUGGUAGAAGGUUCUUUUCCUUCUCAUCUAGCAAAAUCACAAGCCAUCUACUUGCUGGCAGAUGCUGAACAGCCCGAUUUCAGACGGACACGCACCCAGGCCUGAGGCCCAGGGACAAGGUGCCGUCCCUGCUUCCGAAGGGAGCUGCGUUUGGGGGGUGGGAGGGCCUUUCAGAGAAGAACCAACACAUUAGUAAUUUGUUCUUCAGGCCUGACAGAAAGCUUAGCUUCCAAACACAAACAGCACUUAAAAUAAUUCUAGCAAGGCACGAGUACCAAUUACUCCCCCCUGCAUCUGAUGACCUGUCCGCGUAGACUCCGAGCGGCGCACGACUCUGCCUCUGCUUACUUACCAGCCAAGUCAGAGACAGAUCCCGAGGAUCUCAGAAGCAACUGAAAAACGCAGCUGCUGGGCCUCGGUAACCCCGUUCUCCGCGGGGAGGGCUCCCGCGCUCUUCAACUUGAUGGUAGACCGUGCUCACUAACUCCAUCUGGCACAAAGACAGAUCAGUAUUUUUAGCCCUGUUUUCUUAAUUGGAAACUUGCUUCACAAAAACACAAAAAGGCAAGGAUGGGCACCAGCAGAUGGGCUUGUGGCAGCCACACCCACCCCUCUUGGGGUGAGGGAACCCAGCACAGCCUA